GUGGCGAGCGUGGCCAGGACUCCAAGACUGCAAUGACGCAAAUAUUCCGCCCCAACUAUGCAAGAAAUGUUCUAAUUGAUUGGCGCUGCUUGUUUCUUCUUCAUAUAACAAAAAAUAAUCACUAUGACCAAGAUCAAUGUAUUCACGGAUAACUCAACUGAUUCCAAGAGAAUAGCUCCUCUGUUGGAAGAAGGCAUCCAGGCGGUUGGAGGACACACUGUUCAAGUCAAAGAUAUUGCUCAUCAACCACAAACUGCGGCUGCUACAGAUUUUAGCGAGUCUCAUGCAAAGAAUCUGGAUAUCGACCUUCUUCUCGCAGAUGCCUUUCUCUUUUCAACCACUGGCGCCCUGUCAGUCUUUGAAAAGCAUUUUUUUUCGAACGACCCCAAUGAUGAAAAGCCGUUAGAAGGCAAGCUGCUCGGCGUGGUAUUGUCAGAUAAAACAACCUUCGAUCAAGGCAUAUCACAUCCCUUGGAUAACAAGCUGUUGGACAGACUUACCGCCCAUGGUCUUCAAUACGCUCCAAUCAAAGUCAAUGGUCACUCCGAUGAAGACCUCAAGCACGCUGGAAAACUGUUUGGCGAGGCUGCCCGUGAGCUAAAAGGAUAAAGUGUUCUUAUGUUCUGUCUGCAUUUCAAGUGAACCCCAGGGAGGAAGUCUUUGCAUAAUUUGGUGUUUUCUACAGAUCAGCACUGAAAGGUAUCACAGAUU